AAAAAUUUGCUCAGUACGGAGUGUUCCACACGUAAAUGAAUACGAUUUGGUCUCCACAAAGUAUAAAGAUCACAUAUUUCUCAACUAGACUUGAAAUCCACUUUUGAAUUAAUGUUAGUAUCUAAUUAUUCAACUGCUUACUGAAUAGUGGGAAAGGGUGUAUUUACGUAAAUUUCAGAUAAUCAUCUUGCGAAUGAAGGGAUUGUUAACUAAAUUCAGUCAUUGUUGUGUAGUUAGAAAUGCAAUCCGAGGGAUUUAUUUACUUACAUUGUUAUUCAUAUUACAUCGUUUAUUUUCUUCGUUAAAUGAAUCCAGAGAUAAUAAGGACCAAUUAUCAUUUGAACGUUACCGUGAACUCAAAAGUGUAUGCGAAUAUUUCUUCAGAAACCCUGUGAAUAAUUCUAGUCAAGGAGUUAUUGAAAGUGUUCAGGGGAACUGGGACGUGAACAAUUCAAAUUUAUCCAAUACUGAUGUUUGUCGUGAAUUUAAGUUAUUCAAUGGACAUGUAGUUCAAUCAUCGAUGGAGGAGAAACAUUUCCCGCUAGCCUUCAGUAUAUCUGUACACGAUUACAUCAAACAGGUGUCUCGACUACUCCGACUGAUACACAGACAACACAAUCUGUACUGCAUUCACGUUGACUCUAAGUCGCCACAAUCAUUUUAUAAUGAAGUGUUGGUACUAGCCAAUUGUUUUGGUCCAAAUGUAAUGGUAGUGAAUCGAUCGGAAAGUAUUGAUGUUCAAUGGGGUUAUUACUCCGUCCUCGAAACGUUUCUUCUCUGUGCUGACAAAUUGAUGAAGAAUACUGAAUACAAGUGGAAAUACAUUUUGAAUGUGAGUGGACAGGAAUUGCCACUGAGAACGAAUUGGGAGUUGGUAACAGCUUUGAAGGCAAUCAAUGGGUCGAAUGUUGUUGAAGGUCUAGGUCCAGGGCCUAAUCCAUCCCGAUGGCCGGCGAAAAAUUUCACAUUCCCGAUCAUCUGGAGCAAAGGCAGUUUCUAUUUGGCAUUGAAACGAGAAUUUGUACACUUCUAUCAAACUGAUCCAAAAGCGAAUGAAAUACUCGAUGCUCUGAAAGCAGAAAAACACUUACGGAAGGUUCCGGAUGAAUUAUUUUUCUCAACGCUUACCCACGAUCCAUCACUCGGUGCACCAGGUGCUUGCAACGAAAUUCAUGAAACUAAUAACUCAGAUAGACGAAAACGAUUCAUCGCACGUUAUGUGACAUGGUUUCACGAAGGCUGUAAAAGUUCCAGAGUUCGUCGAGCUGUGUGUAUUAUAGGUGCAGGUAAUCUCCCGUACAUACCAUCGCGACCAGAAUUUUUCGCCAACAAAUUUGAUGAUGAUUUCGAACCUAUUGCCUAUGACUGUACAGAGUAUUAUGUUAUGGAGAAAGUUAUACAAGAGAUGAAAAGUAAUCGGUUGGAUGCAAACUUUGAUGUUACCGUCUACUCAGACUUACACUGUUCUAGAAAUCAUACUUAGUUUCGAUAAAGUAGUAUUUUACUCUUUCGCGCAAGAUUCAUACCGAUUGACAUAUGUUGGUAAGAGAAUGUAUUUCUCUCUUUUUUACCAUUUUUAUGAAUAUUUUGAAAUUUCUUACUCAACCUGCUUUCAAAAGCCUCCAUACUUCCCUAGAAAUCGAUUCAGAAUUCUAUGAAAAUUAAAACUUCAUACACUGUAAAUAAAUUUCACAGAGUACUUCACUGUACUGAAGUUUAUUGUUUGUUUUUAUUUUAUGAUUUGGGAUAUCAUUGGUUCCCUUGUUACUCCUUGCUGUCCACUAACCAUUUCUCCUUAUUGAUGCAUAGUAAUGGUGAGGCAUAACAGUUCUACUCGUCACUUGUUACAUCACUUCUCUGCAUGGUGUAUGAAUAUGCUUCAUCUUCAUUUAUAACUGACUUCAGUUUCAGACUGACAGGUACAUGACUGUUUUUCACUUCACUUCAUAAAUGUAAUUGUACUUAGAACGUAACAGAUUUCUUAUACAAUAAUUAUAGUUAAUUUCCACAGUCUUUAUUAGCUCA